AUGCUGUCUUUCAUCGUGAGCUCCGCGUCCGGCCUCGUCGUGCCACGCGUCGCGCGCUCCACCCCUCGUUGCGGUGCGCCCACCGCCGUCACUCAGGGCGAGGUGCAUGGCGAGGGGGGCGCCUACGUUGCGGGCCACUGGGUGCCGCUCGAGCUUUGCAAGGAGAAGUUCAACAUCGCGGGAGGCUCGAACGAGAAGACGCCGGCGGGCCCGUGCCCCCGGUCUAUCACGCGCCACUCGUCAGCCAAGCCGGACGGCAGCUACGAUGUUGCCAUUAUCGGAUCCGGGUGCAUCGGCGCCGCCGUGGCGCGCGAGCUCUCCAAGACGACGGCCUCUGUCGUGAUGCUGGAGGCGGCGGACGAC